AACAGGCGGUCAGCGAUUAAACUUGUAUUUACUUAUUUAUAUUGAUUUAUUUACAUUAUUAUUUUAUUUUAUUUUACUAAGGAUUGCUGUGCUGUGUGUAAUUUUUAUUGUUGAAUAUAAGUAAAGUGCAGUGAUUUCGCGCCACUUCGACAGGCGACGGCAGGACAAGCUCAGUCCUGUCAAAAUUGCGUCGUCGCCACUGUGCCAUUGACAGACUUUACUGCUUGGGAAAAGUCGACAAAUACAUUUGCUAAGGUUCAUCCACAAUCCAGCAGAGUUGAUGUGGGCAUCUUACAAACAUCACUAGGAAUCAUUGAAAUUCCAACAUUCUGCAAGGAAACAUGAGGGUGAAGGCAAGGAAAAUACAAACCAAUGUAAAGCCAAUUGCCCGGGCGAGUAGAUCAACCUCUAAGAGACUUCCAACAGGCACAACUCGUAAAGUUGUUGAACGUCGAAAUCGCUUUGGUGAGACUUUGCUCCAUGAGGCUGUGCUAAACCAAGAUGUUCAGCUGCUUAAAGACAUCCUUAAGCUGCGACCAAAUGUCAACAUGGCUGACAAAACAGGACGCACAGCCUUACAUGAAGCAGCUCUCCGUAAUCAGUAUGAGGCUUGCUUGUGUCUACUUAAUGCUGGAGCCCUGGUUAAUGUUGCAUCACAAGACAAAGUUACACCACUGCAUGAUGCCACCACAUUUGGCAAUGAAAAGAUAGUGGAGCUGCUUUUGAAACAUGGGUCACAUCCACCCAAAGAGGAAGCAUUUGGCUCGAAUGAAGAACAUACACUUUUAGUCCAAGUGGCAACGAUGAAAGCAAGAUCUGCUAAAUCAACAAACAUUGAACAAGAAUUAGGAGCAAAGAACGCCAAAACCAAACAAGACCGAGAUGUGGGCAUGGAACUACAUGGUGACGUACAGCUUGAAAAGGGUGAAGACGUCCAAAAUGGGAAAUAUCAGACUGUAGUUCCACAAGAGAACCACAAGAGUAAAUUGUCAAAUGUAGAACCUUUACAAGCCAGUAACUCCUCCUGUUUUCCUGAGAACAACAAGUUUUCUUCCUCAGGAACGACCUAUACCCGCUUGUUUCAGGGUUAUUCAGAAGAAGAGAGCAGGGACAGUGAUCAAACUGUUGACUUUUUGGGGGACAGUUCAGAUGAGUCAGCGGACUGGUCCAUUAAAGACACACAGAACUUUAACUGAUCUCCAUGUACUUAUUUAUUCAUUUAACUUCUUCACUGGAAGGGUUUAAAACAGUUGCUUCUGUAUAAGUCGUUGCUUUGUUGUUAUUCUGUUGAUAAUGUUUCUAAAAAAGAGAGCAAAAGCUGUUCUAAUACAGGUUAAGGUGACCAUCCAUCCAUACAUUUUCUACCGCUUAUCCCUUUUGGGGAUGCCGGGGGGUGCUGGAGCCUAUCUCAGCAAGGUUGUCAAAUUUUAUGUCAUAUAUUGACAGGUUAAUGUUGUAUAAUUUCCAUUUAAAUACAGUUCUGCAAUACUUGAAGUGAAUUUAAGUAUACAGUUCGUAAUAUAUUUUGAGUAAAGUGACUUUACUGUAAUAUUAAUAAUAAUACAGUAUUUCGGGACAUUUAAUUGUGUUGUUUCA